AUGCCGUUACCGACUUUAUUAGAUGCCGAAAAUAAAGAUUUAUUCAUGCGUGUUUUAAAUCUAUCCUAUCCCUUGACGAUUGAAAAUAUUGCCGAAGAAACAUGUGGUGUACAAAUUACAAUGUUUUUUCCUACACAUUCCGAUUCGGGUAUUGAAUGUGGUUUCAAAACUGACAUGUUGUAUUUACCACCGGGUAGUUAUACUUUAGAAAAACUUCUUUUGACCCUAAAUGCUCUUGUUGGCGAAUAUGAUGUUAAAUUUACACAUUUGAAUAAUGGUCGAAUCGGUGUAACAUAUACCCUUGAACGUGAAUAUUGGCAUUCUGAUGUCACAAUAAAACGAAUAACAACACAACCACCGCAUCAAAUAUUUGAGGUUUUUCCCCAAAACACUUGCGAAAGUGAUGAAUUUCAAAUGACAUUUACCGAAUCUUUGGAAUACAUACUUGGGUUACAACAAAUAAAAAUUCACCCAGAUGUGCAGGCCACAAAGGAUUAUUAUACAACAUUGAAAGCGAGCGGUUCUCGUAUGUUUGUUACGCGUAUACAAAAGAGUAAUCCGAGCGUAGAAGAAGAUCCUAACCUUGGGAUUACAUGGUAUAAUUUUAUGAAUAAAACCAACGAUUGUGAAAACAAUAAUUUUGCUUGUUCGUUUAUGGGUAAAGCACUUCCCGAUAUUUCUAAUGGUAUUGAUAAAAUGUUUGUAUAUUGUGAUCAAUUGGAAAUGUCAAUUGUUGGUGAUACAUAUGCGCCAUUAUUAGCCGUUGUUCCUUUAAAAGAUGAUGUUCGAGGCACGGGGGCAUUAAGCGUAUACACCCCUCCGAAUACACGUCAUAGAUUGAUUAAAAGCAAAAUUGAUCAAUUUAAAAUUGGAAUUUAUGAUACAACACACACAUUAAUACCGUUUACUAGUGGAACUAUAAAUAUUGAGUGUAUUGUGGAAUAA